AUGGCUCGUACUAAGCAGACUGCUCGUAAAAGCACUGGAGGAAAGGUUCCUCGUAAACAACUGGCUACCAAGGCCGCUCGUAAGAGUUCGCCCGCUGCUGGAGCUGUGAAGAAGCCCCAUCGUUAUCGCCCCGGAACUGUGGCUCUGCGUGAGAUCCGCAAGUAUCAGAAGAGCACUGAGCUUCUGAUCCGCAAGCUGCCUUUCCAGAGACUGGUGCGUGAGGUGGCUCAGGACUUCAAGAACGAUCUCCGUUUCCAGGGAUCUGCUGUGAUGGCUCUUCAGGAGGCUGCUGAGGCUUACCUGGUUUCUCUGUUCGAAGAUACCAACCUGUGCGCCAUCCACGCCAAGCGUGUGACGAUCAUGCCGAGAGAUAUGCAGCUGGCUCGUCGCAUCCGCAACGAAAAGUAAAGAAAGAAAGAAAAACAGUUAUUCUGGUAUUUGUCAAUACCAUCC